AUGGACCACUCCAGAGAUCCCUGCCCCUGGGUUGCGCUGUCCGACUUUGGCGGCGCAUUCUGUAUGGGAGCGAUAGGCGGCGCAGUGUGGCACGGUGUGAAGGGCUUCCGUAACUCGCCAUAUGGCGAACGCAGAAUCGGCGCCAUCACGGCCAUCAAGGCGCGCGCGCCGAUCCUGGGCGGCAACUUCGGCGUGUGGGGCGGGCUCUUCUCGACGUUCGACUGCGCGGUCAAGGGCAUCCGCAAGAAAGAGGACCCGUGGAACGCCAUCAUCGCGGGCUUCUUCACCGGCGGCUCGCUGGCGGUGCGCGGCGGCGCGAAGGCCGUCCGCAACGGCGCCAUCGGCUGCGCCAUCCUGCUCGCCGUCAUCGAGGGCGUCGGCAUCGGCUUCCAGCGCAUGAUGGCGGAGAACACGCGUCUCGACGUGCCGCCGCCGCCGUCGCAGUCGGGCCAGCAGCAGCAGCUGGCUUAG